AUGAAGUGGUCGCAACAUGCCAUCAACUGUUUGAUAGUGUUCGUAAUUUGUGAUUCAUGCUUUCAUCGAGUCAGUUCUCUUGAGAAUGGACUUCUACGACAGCCACCGAUGGGCUGGUUAACAUGGCAACGAUUUCGUUGUGUCACUGAUUGUCAUCAAAAUCCGGAUUCAUGCAUUAGCGAGAAAUUAAUUCGAACACAAGCUCAAUUACUUGUCAGUGGUGGGUACUUAGCGGCCGGAUAUGAAUACAUAAUUAUUGAUGAUUGUUGGCUAAAUCAAACGCGAGCAGCUGAUGGUUCAUUGCAACCAGAUUUUGAUCGUUUUCCCAGUGGUAUUCGUGCUCUCUCUGAUUAUGUACAUUCAUUGGGAUUAAAAUUCGGUAUUUAUGAAGAUUAUGGUACACAGACAUGCGCUGGUUUUCCUGGUGUCUUGGGGCAUUUAGAACAAGAUGCUAAAACGUUUGCGUCGUGGAACGUUGAUUAUUUAAAACUCGAUGGAUGUAACGCUGAUAUUAAAGAUUUUGACACUGGUUAUCCAUCCAUGGAAAAUGCUUUGAAUGCCACCGGACGGCCAAUUGCAUAUUCAUGUUCAUGGCCAGCUUAUCAAGAAUACUCAAAAAUAAAGCCGAACUAUUCGGCAAUAGCUCAAACGUGUAAUUUAUGGCGUAAUUGGGGCGAUAUUGAUGAUUCAUGGGAUAGUGUUUAUUCGAUCAUCAAUUGGUUUGGCGAUAAUCAAGAUCGUUUAUCACCAUUCCACGGUCCUGGUCAUUGGAAUGAUCCUGAUAUGAUAGUCGUGGGUAACUAUGGCUUGAGCCCCGGUCAAUCACGAGCACAAAUGGCGCUUUGGUCAAUCAUGGCUGCGCCCUUGAUUCUCUCGGUUGAUUUAAGAACCAUCAGCGAUUGGGCGCGUGAGAUUAUUCUAAAUAAAAAUCUAAUUGCUAUCAAUCAAGAUCCACUUGGAGUCAUGGGACGACGUAUUCUUAAAUUAGAUGGUGAUGUUCAAGUCUGGAGUAAAUCAUUACAAGAUGAUCGUACAGCUUUUGUCGCACUUUUCCCUCAACCAUACGGCACACCGAUUCACAUGAGUAUCCUACUAACUGAUCUUGGUUUAGGUCGUUUUGACGAAUAUGAUUUUUUCGAAACAUUUCAUGAUGAAUUUCAUGGUAAAUAUCACAAGACGGAUCGAUACAAUUUCACAAUCAAUCCAGCUGGCGACGUUCACGCAUUCUAUGUCGAACAAGCAGUGAUUAAAUCACAAAAAUUUUGA